GACUGAACUGUGGGUGGCAGCAAUAUGCCGUAAGGCAUCUAGUCUGCCGGAAAGCCAGUAGAAGAAGAAGAAGAAGAAAUAGCUCAGUCGCUGCGUGCUUGUGACGAUGGCGGCCGCCAUGAGAGGAAGCUUUGUAACAUUGGUCAAGGGGCUGAGCGGCCCCCGGUGGCAGCAGCUGGUGUCUCGACCAUUGAGUGUGUCUGCUGGUCUCCGUUGCCCAGAACCCCCGCCGGCCCGCGCUGAUGCUACCUUCAAGGUCACAAUGGUGCCAGGGGAUGGAGUGGGACCUGAGCUGAUGACCGCUGUCAAGGAAGUGUUCAAGGCAGGAGACGUCCCAGUAGAAUUUGAGGAGUUUCACCUGAGUGAGGUGCAGAACAUGGCUAGUGAGGACAAGCUGGAGCAAGUGUUAACUUCUAUGAAGAACAACAAAGUGGCCAUGAAAGGAAAGAUUCACACACCCAUGGAGUUCAAAGGGGAGCUGGCUUCAUAUGAGAUGAGACUGAGGCGUAAACUGGACCUGUUUGCUAAUGUGGUUCAUGUGAACAGCCUGCCGGGCUACAGCACUCGCCACAACAACCUGGACCUGGUCAUCAUCCGCGAACAGACCGAGGGGGAGUACAGCUCCCUUGAGCACGAGAGUGUGACUGGUGUGAUUGAAUGUUUGAAAAUAAUCACCAGAGAGAAGUCACGGCGCAUCGCCAAGUUUGCCUUUGAUUAUGCCACCAAGAAAGGGCGAAACAAGGUCACCGCUGUUCACAAGGCCAACAUCAUGAAAUUAGGUGAUGGCCUGUUUCUGCAGUGCUGUGCGGAGGUGGCGCAACUGUACCCCAAAAUCAAAUAUGAGACUAUAAUCAUCGAUAACUGUUGCAUGCAGCUGGUCCAGAACCCAUACCAGUUUGACGUGCUGGUCAUGCCCAACCUGUAUGGAAACAUUAUUGACAACCUAGCAGCAGGGCUGGUUGGAGGAGCGGGUGUUGUUCCUGGGGAAAGCUACAGUGCAGAGUAUGCUGUGUUUGAGACUGGUGCACGCCACCCCUUCGCACAAGCUGUCGGAAGGAACAUUGCAAACCCAACAGCCAUGCUGCUCAGUGCCGCUAACAUGCUCAGGCACCUCAACCUUGAAUAUCACUCCCAAAUGGUGUCAGAUGCUGUCAAAAGGGUCAUCAAACAGGGCAAGGUACGGACACGAGACCUUGGCGGGUACUCCACCACUGGAGACUUUGUGCAAGCUGUUGUGGAAAACCUGCACCACCGUCCUGUUUACUAAGAUGUUCCAUCACACUCGUCCCUGACAUUUCUUUAAAUCUGGAGAUUGUUCUUAACAUGAACUGGACGCAUCUUAAGACUCACCUCCCCUCCCGCUGCCAGAUGACAUUUGUGGCGCUCCGUUUUUGCAAACGCCAUGAGUUGCAUCCUAAUGUCUGAUUUUUAUACUGGAUUUGCUGAUUGAUCCAGUGGGAUCAGUGGUGCCUUGUGCUCAUGAGGCAUCCUUUCAGAGAUUUGUCAUAUUGUUGUCUUCCUCGUAGCUUGUGUCCAUCUCUUUGCUGUUUUUUUUUUUUGUGUUUGUUUGUUUUUUUUUUUUACUCUGCUGAUUUAAUCUUUUCACCCAUGCAGGGAUACCUUUUUGUCUGCCUGCUUUCAUGGCCUGCGCUUGUUGUUUCAGUCUACCUCUCUGCCAUCACAGAUUGUGAGAAACUGUCUGUAAAGCAACCAGACUGCCUUUAUCAACAGUUUAUAUCAGCUAAUGUGCUUUUGGCUCACUCUUCACCACCACCAUACCUGACUUUUAUCUCAUUUUCUGAUAGCCUCUUCACUCAAAACUGAAACAACUGACUGCUUAUGUUGAUCAAUAUACAGUAUGAUAACACUGCUGCUUCAUGACCCACUAAUACUGCAACAUACACGUUUCUUAAUGUUUUUAAUAUUACUGCCAUCGCAGUGCUGAAACUCAACUAAAACCUGAAAAUGUUGCUGUGAGUUACUGUGUAGCAAAGGCAGAAUUCAUGUUUCUUGUUGUGAUAUUAAUAAUCCAGUUACUAUUUUAACACUUAAUAUAUUUAAACAGAAUUUUCAAGGACUCCUAUAAACAACUUUUGUAUAAGA